AUGAAUACAGCGACGAAUGCAAAUUAUCAUUAUGGUUAUGAUCAAGAAGCAGAUAAUGUUAAGGCAGAAACAGUUUCACCGAAAAAGGACAGACCACCCACUCCUCAUCCAAUUCAAUCAACGCUGAGUGACCACUGUCAUGAAAACUUCACUGCUGGUUCAAAAGUUGAUCUAAAAGCAAGGAAAAAACUAAUUUUAGCAAGUAUUUUAUGCUUAUUUUUCAUGACUGGGGAAAUAAUUGAGGUUGUUGGUGCAUUGGCUUCAGUUUUGUUAAUAUGGUUGGUUACUGGUAUAUUGGUCUACUUGGCUGUUAUACGUAUUAUACACAGUAAGUAUGAAAUCAAUGGAAAAAUUAUGCUCAUAACAUCAGCAACAGGAGUUGCAGUAAAUGUAAUUAUGCUGUUAACAUUACAUGAUCAUGGUCACGGUCACAGUCAUAGUCAUGGUCAUGGACAUAGUCACAGUUCAUCAUCUUCAAUUGAGCAUACACAUUCAACUGAUAUACCAAACACUAUAAAAUCUGAAUCGACUAACUUCAAUGGAAUACACAAAGAGCAGAAUAACAAUAAUAAUAAUAUUGACAAUUUAUCGUCUUCAAUUGAUGUUGAACAUGGUGUCAGCAAAGAACGGCAUAAAGCAAUGACUCGUCAAAAUAUUACUGUACGUGCAGCUUUUAUUCAUGUGGUCGGUGAUCUGUUACAGAGUAUUGGAGUUAUGGUUGCUGCUAUGGUUAUUUAUUUUCAGCCAGCGUAUAAAAUUAUCGAUCCAAUAUGCACAUUCCUCUUUUCUGUACUUGUAUUGAUUACAACUAUCAAUAUACUACGGGAUACUUUAAAUGUUCUCAUGGAAGCUACUCCACGUGGAUUGAAUUUCAAUGAAGUUAAAAAUGCAUUGAUUGAUAUACCAGGAGUUAAAGAAACUCACAAUUUACAUAUAUGGAGUUUAACAACAAAUAAAAUGGCGAUUUCUGUACAUUUAGCUAUAGAACCAAAUGCAAAUCCACAAGAGAUACUGAAAACAGCAAAUCGUUUAUUAAGAAAACGCUAUUUAGCGCAUGAUGUAACAAUACAACUAGAGAAUUAUGUCGAUGAAAUGGCUAUUUGUCAUCAGUGUAAAGAACCUUCAAAGUGA